UCCGGUCAUAGCAGUAUAUCACCGUAGAAGCAGCACUGGCGGCAUAUUCCUCCGUCGAUGACGGCACAACCGUACCAACACACACUAAACCCUAACGAAUUCAGAUGUCGUCGUUUUCAAUUUCGAUCAUUCGCCACCACUACAACCCCUUCAUACCAAACACAGUCCACCGGUGCGCCUCCGGCUUCCGUUCACUCUGGAUCGCCGCCUCCAGAAACCACAACCGCGAAAACGUCUCCAGGAAAUCUCAGCAGCCGAGCAAGCAUCUACUCAAAGCACGCGAUGCCGUCAAGCAUUUCUCGUCUCUAUCACCGUCCCUCACCUCCACGGAUAAGUUCAGUCUGUCUCCAGACCAAGCCAUAGGAAAAGUCGCUUCUGCUCAAGCCAAUUUCAUGCGCGUGGUGGUUGAGUCGGCGAAAUCCUUGUCUCCAGAGGAAGAGAAAGGAAAUGGAGUUGAAUUGUUGUGUGUGGUGAGGAAUUUGUUGAAGAAGAUUAAGAGGAGAGUUUUAGUAGGGGAUAAGGUGUUGGUAGGUUCAAUCGACUGGAUUGAUCGAAGAGGAAUGAUAGAAAAUGUGUUCGAGAGAAAAACCGAGGUACUUGAUCCGCCAGUAGCGAAUGUGGAUCAUUUACUAGUUUUGUUCUCUUUGGAUCAGCCGAAAUUGGAGGAAUUCUCUCUUACUAGGUUUCUGGUGGAGGCCGAGUCGACUCAGAUUCCAGUCACACUUGCUUUAAACAAGGUGGAACUCGUAGAUAAAGAGACACAGGUUUCAUGGAAAUCCAAGCUUCGCAGUUGGGGUUAUGAACCGAUCUUUUGCAGUGUUGAGACCAAAACUGGACUUGAUUCGCUGCAGUUCAACUUGAGAGAUCAGACCUCCGUGAUUGUGGGUCCAAGUGGUGUUGGAAAGUCCAGUUUAAUCAAUGCUUUGAGAAGCAACCACUUUGGCUUUCAUGCUGCAGAUAUGAAUGAUUGGCCUAACUCUAUUUCAGGAAGCAAGUGGCUUGAAGAUCAACGAGUUGGAGAAGUGUCGGCGAGAAGUGGUAGAGGAAAGCACACAACUCGCCAUGUUUCUUUGCUUCCGCUAUCUGGUGGAGGAUAUAUUGCAGAUACCCCUGGCUUUAACCAACCGAGUCUAUUGAAAGUAACAACACAGUCCCUUGCGCUGUGCUUCCCAGAGGUUCGCAAAAUUCUUUCGGCUAGUGAACCAUCUAGAUGUGCAUUCAGUAAUUGUUUGCAUCUUGGGGAACCAGGGUGUCUUGUGAAAGAUGACUGGGAAAGGCAUCCCUACUACUUCCAAUUGCUUGAUGAGGUCAAAAUCAGAGAGGAAUUCCAAUUGCGAACUCUAGGAACCAAACGAGAAGGUGAUGUAAGAUACAAGAUGGGAGAUAUGGGCAUAAAGCAAGCCGAACCACGACUGGAGAUGAAGAAACAUAGGAGACAAUCGCGUAAGAAGGUGAACCAAUCUUUUCUAGAUGACUUGGAGGAGGAACUUGAAGACGAUGACGAAAGCUUUUUAGAGGAUGAUCCGAUUAUAAGAGCAAUGGAGAACGAAAACCAGUAAAGAUAUAACACUGUAAAUACUAGUGGCUCCGUUUCACGGUUGUCUUUUCUUGUAGCGACCGAGUGGAUUGUUAAUACUUUUAGAAAGAACGGGCUCUGUCAGAAGCUAAAAAUCAUGGCACCUUGAGGCAUCUGUUUGGUUUGUAUAUGUGCAUUCAGUUUUAUGCAUUCAGCUGGCUAAGACUGAAUUAAGCUGUUCCAUGA